AUGGCGACGGUCGGUUACCCGAACUUAGACAGUUAUACACAGAACACCUUAGCACUGGAGUUCCCGGAGCCGGGACCAGCCUCCGUUGGGAUGCAGCAGAAUGAGAAGAAAUGCCGCUGGACACGCCUCAAGCGCGUGAUGGGCCAGUCUCUAACCUCUCGCUCGACGUCUAGUGUCAAGUCUCUAAAACCGCUUUCUCCAAUCAGUGAGACUGACUCAGCAAUAUACAGUAUCCGGGCUGGACCCUCUUCCGUGACAGAAGAUGCCCAAACAACUACGUGGGAGGAUUCCGAAUACGACAAGCAGCUGAACGAAGCCGUCAGCGGUCUCAAGAACGACUUCGUAUCUGGUGCGCGGGAGAUGGCUGACUCCGCUCUGUCGUCGCUUUCUUCUCUAAUCGUGGUCGCGGCUGCAGCUGCGCUUAAUAGAGAUGAACUGUGGAAUAUGACAAUCUCCGCGGCGAAAGAGCUGAGCAGCGCAAGACCUAGCAUGAAUGCAGCCAUCACGUCUUGCCUUCUUGGGGCGCUCGACGACUUGUCGAAGCUAUGGGACUCGCUGGAUAAGAAGAGGAACAAACCGCCAGAUGAACUCGCAGCUAUGGCGAGCAGACAGAUGGUGAGGACAUUGGAAAAGAGAAAGGAAGCUGGGAUGCGCUUGAGCGAAAACUUUGCUGAGCGGCUGAGGGCUUAUUGCAGCCAGCGCCUUAACAACACCCACACUCUCACCAUCCUCACCCUCAGCAACAGCAGCACCAUCCGAGCCAGUAUCCUCACCACGCUUUCUACCCUGCGCUUCCUGCACCUAAUCCUCCUCGUUCUCGAAUCCCGCCCGCGUUUCGAAGGCGCAAGUAUGGCUUCUCAGAUCCUAUCCGCUACCUCAGCAGAAGCUCGAGGCCGGCUAAAAAUUCACAUCCUCCCCGACUGCGCCGUUGCCACAGUUGCGAAAGACGCGCAGCUAGUCCUCCUAGGCGCAGAUCGCAUCUCGGCUUCUGGCGACGUGAGCAACAAGAUUGGCAGUUUGGCAGCAGCGGUGUGCAUUAAGACGCUGAACCCUAAAGCUCAGGUUGUUGUGGUCAGCGAUGCGGAUAAGAUUGUUGCGAAGGGGGUCGAAGAGGGAGAGAAAGAAACGCAUCCUGCCAGCGAGAUGCUAGAGGGUUGGGGCGACGAGACGAGGAGGGACUUAGCGGCCAGGAUCGUUGAUGGUAGUGUGGAGGUGUUUGGUGAGUGGUUCGAGUGGGUUCCUGCAGAGUAUGUGGAUGGCUAUGUGACUGAGAAUGGCACAUUGGAUACGAGUGGUGUAGAGAAAGUCGCUGAAGAGAUUGGGGAGCUGAGGGAGAAAAUCUUUGGUUGA